AUGGAGUUUGUGGAUUCCCUUCUUCAAGAUAACAAGCCGGUCGGCGAGAUCGACGUAGACCCAUCUUCUUGGGAGGACUUGUUGUUUGAGCCCCCUGGUCCUGCAAUCCAAGAGGCACCACAGAUGCCUGAAGAUGCAACCAGCUCGGAGACGGCGAGCCCCGGAAUUCAAUAUAGCGCCACGGAGAUCUUUUACCUCAGAUCAGACCGAGCACGAGGAAUCCUCCAACUGCACAAGGCGGAGCUAGAAACUGCUGAGUCUAGGGAUGCAGGGCAACUGUGUGAGCCUCUCGAAGCCUUCCUUCCUGAGGUGCCAGAGGAAUCCCAAAUGAAUGGAUACCGGUAUCUGCUCAGGGCCGAAGAACUUUGGAACUUGACGUUGGAUGGCCUUGGCAUGGAUGUGGCAGACGCAUGGAAAGUGGAUAUCCACGCGGCCAUGAUUCGCAAGGCCACAUACAAAGGAGCUCCAGCCCGGAAUCACUCAGACCGGCUGAAAAUACCGUUCGAUGGCCUGUCCCGGGUCUUCAAAUCGGACUCAUUCUCAGGGCAAGCCGUGUGCACAGAGCAACUGAGGGCCUUGCUCUCUCCGUGCAUUACCGAGCCACUCACGAUUGCUUUGCUGCCGAACGAGGAGCACUGUGGCAAGCUUGUAAACUCUUGGCGAAGGAGGGGCAAUCUGAUGAUGCAGGCAUUGAUGUGGCUGUCGCAGCUUGGUUCCUUCUUCGACUGCCCCAUCACGAGACAUUUCGGGACAGAGCGAACAACGUGGAGCCGCUUGCAGAGGAGGCUGCUUCAUCUGCUGUGCCAGGCUGCAGAGCGGGCACUGUGCUCGAUCGCGACCAGCGACAUGCCUCCCGUGCAAGCUGAUUUCAAGUUCCACCCAGCAACGAAGGAUGGCCGCAAGCUCCGGGGCGAUUGCAAACCUCGGGCCGAGCUUGCAAUCGACAGAUUUAUCUCGCGAGGGGGAGGGACCCAGCAAGCUGACUAUGCUUUUGUCCACAGGACAACCUCGGACUUCAUGUGUAGAUACACACGCAAGACGGAGACGACCAUCAAGGAGGCUUUCGCGAACAUGAGGAUCAAAUCUUUGGGGGUCCUUUGUGACUCGUCUCCCAAAGCCAAGAUGGAUGCAUCCCGGCUGCUGUCUCUACUUCUUCCUUCGACUGCCCCGGCUGAAGACAAACUACAAGUGGCAGAAAUGCUGGCAAACUCUCGGAGCACCAACCUCGUUGCCGACCCCAAGAAGGGUGAGCUCAGAAAGAAGUUGCCAAAGGCUUUGAAUGCAAUCAAGCAGGACCGUCUCUCAAGCAGACAGGAGCUCAAAGCGCUGAUCAACAUCUUAUCCCACGUGGGUGUAUCCUUGGACCUUUGUUGGCCCCGGCAGCCACUGAUUCCUGCAGACCCGGAGAAGGAGGAGCGAUUUCUGCACAAGCUCACCUUGGCCUUCCUCUUUGACCGCCAGACUGGAAUCAGCAAGUGGGACACUCCUAUGAGCACGGACCAUGUGAGACUCGUCAUCUGUCCGGACCAAGGAGGCCCAAUGUUCUGCUGCUACCAAUACUUGGCUCAUUUGGGAGCGAGUGUUGCCCUAACCAGGGACGAAUUGCUUCUUGUUUGCACAGUGAAUGUCCGGGUGCAAGCAUGGCCCAACCAUGACAACGUCCAUGGGCAGAGUCACGUCCUGUUCUCCGUGUGUCAAGAGAGCUUCAGAAUGACCACUCUGUGCGGGUGGCUCUUCAGGGCCAAGAAAUCGCCCUGGAAUACCUCCGGGUUUGCCGCCACCCUGGCCGAGGCUCGUCCCGACGAUAUCCUCAUGGAAAUGUUCCAGCGGGACAUCCUGAAAGAGAACGGUAUGGAGGAGACGACAGACAUCAAGCUGAACUUCACGAGGGUAAUGGAAAUCCUCGGGCAGACUGCCAAGUGGUGCUCAUUCUCCCACACGGCCAAGCGAUUCCAGAUGAGUGCAACAUUGCUCCUUAUCUUCUGGUCGGCUAUGGAGGUCGGAAAGAACCCUUUCAAGAUCUUGGAGGACGAAGGGGCCGCCACGCAGAACCAAAAGUCCUACGACAAAACAGUUGACCUUUGUGUGAAGGCUCUAACCAACGAGCUGAGUUUCGGCAUCUUCCGUGUGGCCCGAGUCGUGCUGGAGCCCUUCCGGGAGCUCUGUUUGGAGCUUGUGCCCAGACUGCAGUUUCGAAGAUGCAUCACAUACGAGAGCAUCCUGAGCGAAGCUUUGGGGCUCUACCUUUCGACUGUUCACGAGCUGCUGCAGUACAGCUUGUACCUUCGGUCCAGCCCCCACUGUGCAGCCGGCCUCAUAUCCACAAAAGAGCCCGACGAUGGCAACACCAAGCAGAGCAUCCUCAAGAGAAUGAAAGCAGAAUGGCAAGUCGUGCUGACGAUGGAAUCCAAGGCGGCAUCUGCUGCCACUUUGGCAGCGAAUUGCCACCACACGCGAUACCAGCAUUACCGAGAAGUGAUGGCUUGCAUGGAAAAAAACCAGUAUCGCAUGACGACCGAAAGCAAGGACAUGGUGUCUGCUUGGAGCCCAGACUUUUGCCAAAGUGCUUCCUUGGAAAGCAUGUUUGGAGAUAUGAGUGACGCUGUGAAGCGAGCCGGGCGAGCAGAUUGUGGAGGGUUGGCAAGCCUGCAUGCAGUAGGAGUACGCUGCUUGAAGCACCGUGUGUGCGGGGACUCCUCAGAAAGUCCGAAGCCCGUUCAACUAGGCAAAGAGGCUGUGAGAUUGAAGCAGCUACCGUACAAGUUUCAGGGUCUGCUGCCAGAGCAGCAGCAGGAUGAAACUCGAGUUCCUUGCAAGCAGCAAGAGGACUUCUGGGACCCGUUGCGCCCCGGACUAUCCACUCCAGCCCUCGCCUUGGACCUCGGAAGGGAUUUGAUCCAGCAGCUCCGCUUUGGCUACGACGAUGUAGUCUUGUAUGGCUAUAGCCUGCAUGUGUGCGAGAAGGUCCUAGAGGACAAGUGUGGGUCCUGCAUUCUGAUCAGAAGGGGAUUCACAGAAUUCUCCUUGCUGUGCUACCUUGUGCAAACAAAGCAGAUCCUGCAGACAACAUGCGCAUCGCUGCACGAGCUACUCCGGAAGCACGAUAUCCAGAUGCCGAAGAGCUCGACAAAAAGCCAGCAGAUCAGAAGAUUGCUAAUGCUUGCGGACGUGACGGAGGUAUGUGACCUCAUCAAGAUCCAGGGGAUUUUGUCCAAGCUGGACGAACAAGAUGACAAGAAAAAAAAAAAGGACAGCAGCAAGGACGACGAGCAGCAGGACAACGAGGGCGACAUCCAGUGGGAGGAGCUGAAUGACGAUCCUGCCACCGUGGCCUGCAAGGAGCUUUUGUCAAGGCUAGACGAGGAAGAGGAGCAGGAGGAGACAAGCGAGGGCGAGCAAGAAAGGCCGAGUGCCGCUGGCCGUGAGGAUGCUGAUCGGGUGUCCAGAGCGCUGCUGUCGUGCUCCACAGCAUCGCUGCCGGAGAAGUUGCUGGCUUCCAUGCCUGUCCCUGCGGAGUGUGCCAUUCACCAGACGGUGCACUGUGACUCGACUCUCCCACAUUUCCAGGGACGUUUGUUGAACAAUCGUUGCUUUGAGGGAAAGUCGCUCGGACUUCAUUCAUUCAUUCGUUUUGUUCGCUGCUGA